AUGAGAGACCUGUCGGUCCAACUCGACCGAAUCGGGGGCGUCAAUCUCAAUCAUGCUCUCUACGCGGACGAAAUCACCGCAUGGUACGGUGGCGCGUCAAUUGCAGUGAUAGAGCGGGCCCUGCAAGAGGCCCUGGACGUCACGGAAGAAUUCCUAGAAGGCACAGUACUGGUCCUCUCGCCGACCAAGUCGGAGCUCUUGCUGUGUCGGCCCGACAAAAAGGGCCGCAAGUUCGAAGCGCCGCUGGAUCAAGUGCCGGUUGAGCUCAAAACGAAGACGGGUCAGCGAAUCACGAGGAUCGAUUCUCUCAGGGUGCUCGGUCUGGUCAUCAACGCAAAGGGCAGCAACGUGCAAACGACUGAGAGCCUGAGCUCGAUCAACACCAAUGAGCUGGGCCACGACAAGCGCGCCGGUCCGAGGGGCCUGGCUUCGCAAGAGAUCGACCGGACCACGGACCCACUGCUUACUUUCCACGAUAUCACUGCUCACUACCAGCUCGGACGAAGGCUGAGCCACUACGCUCCGGGUGUGAAUCCGCGCUGCCCCGACUGCAGCGAGGAACGGUCCACCUUGAACCACAUGCUGUGGCAAUGUUCUGAGUUGAACCACUCGCCUUUCACGGGACAAGAAGACUGCGAAAAAGCCGUCAAAAGCGACGACUUUCAACUCCAGCUGCGGACUGUCCAAAGGAUCGUUACGAAACCGAAGCUCCGCAGCAAGUCUUGGUUGAGCACAUCAGUGCCACCACACCGCUGGCAUGAGUCCCUUGCUCAGAGGUGCACACCAGAGUACCACGUAAACAACCUUAUAUCACCGGUGCUUUUCUUAGAAGCUCUGCAACAAGUUCCCAAGGACGCCAUCUUGGUUGAGGUUGCACCCCACUGCCUUUUGCAGUCCAUUGUAAGACGGUGCGCAGGCGCUGAGGCCACUUGCCUUGGCCUGAUGAAGCGCGACGCGGACAACCUGAGCUUCUUCCUCAGCUCUUUGGGCCAACUGCACUCGCUGGGCGUGCAGUUCGACCCAUCUCCGUUGUACCCGCCAGUGCCCCUGCCUGUACCGCGUGGAACUCCAAACAUCGCACACCUCGUCAGCUGGGACCACUCUCAGCAGUGGACAGUCGCCAAAUGGAAUGAUUUCGCUACGUCGGCCCAGCUGUCCGAGGAAGUCAUCGAGGUUGACCUCGAGCACCACGGACAAAAUGCAUACUUGGCCGGACAUCAAAUUCAAGGCCGUAUUCUGUUUCCGGCGACCGGCUACAUCGUGAUGGUCUGGAUGUCCUUGGCGAAGCGUUUCGGAAAGCCAUUUGACAAGCUUCCAGUAGUAUUAGAAGAUUUAUCAUUUCACCGUGUCAUCAUCCUGCCUAAGACUGGCACCGUGCGGUAUCUCGUGAACAUCAUGGGAGCAUCUGGAGAGUUCGAGAUUUCCGAGGCAGGAGCGGUGGUCGCCAGUGGUUCCAUUCGUCUGGCUGCGGAGAACGAGACGCUCCUUGACGAAGAACUACUAGGCGUGCCAACCGAAACGCUGACCUACGAGCUCGAUGCCGAAGACAUCUACAAGGAGUUCCGACUACGUGGCUACGAGUACAACGGUCCCUUCCUGGGCAUAAUAAAGGCUGAUAUACAUCAACCAUGCGGGAAGCUCAAGUGGGACGGGAACUGGGUGUCAUUUAUGGACACCAUGCUCCAGAUGAGCAUCCUUUCCAGCUCAAAGCGAGUCUUCAAGCUGCCUGCGAAGAUCCAGUCCUGCCGCAUUGAUCCUAAUGUCCACGCGGCUGCCAUUGAGGAAGCUCAAGAUGGCGGCAUAGACGUUGUCUACGAGGAGUCUUUAAACAUGUGCCAAGCUGGAGGUGUAGCUAUGCAAGGAUUUAAUACAAGCAUCCCGAAACAGCGCAUUGUCAAGAAUACACCCAUUAUAAAUGAGUACACGUUUGUGCCCUACAUAGACAAUGAGUCGACCCAGCAGAAGAGACAAGCUUCCAUUCAAGAAUACAUCGACAUCUGCAAUGGCGUGGCAGCACGUGUUCUCGAGGAGCUAGGCAGCAAUGAGUUCAGUGCCUUUGAACUUAAGGAGCGUAUUUUCCACGUUCCAGGAGAAAGUCUUCCAAUGCUUGUAGAUAAUAAUGCCGAGAACCGUGGCCUUCUGAGGGUCCUUGUUACAGUAAAGGAAAGUAAUAAGACCACAGCUUCGUCAUUAGAAGAUAUCAUUCAAUCAGCAGUGGAAAUCUACAAAAAGGACCUUGACUCGGACAUUCUUGCGACAGCACUCUUUGAUGAGGAUCCCCUUAGGCACUUCCUUGACGUCGUCGUGGAGAACACUAGCUUCAAGGGACUCCAGGUUCUUGAAGUAGCAGCCCCAGGAACUCGCUAUGUAUUGGCUCCCAGAGUGUCUUCAUUGCUGUCCAUGAGCCAUCUGCUCCUCGAGAUCGACUACACUCUUGCACACCAUCCUAUGGAUAACAUCACGCCAGAGAAUGUCCCACAAGGCACCAAAAUUGUAAAGUGGGAUCCCAUGUCAGAUUCCCAUGAACGACUUCACGAUGCUAACCUGACUGCGACCUGUUUCAGCCCCUGGAGUUCAUACAACGUCGAUAUCCUUGUUGACAAGCACUCAAAGCUGUGCAAAAUGCAAGGCUUCGCCCUUAUCUUCCACCGUACUGAUAUGACACCAGCAGAAAGACUCAUAUCAUCACUUGGAAAGUGUGAUUUUACGGUGCACACCAUCCAAAAUAUGGAAUCACUGUUCCGGUCGUACGGGUUCCAGCUGGUGGGCCAAAAGUCGAACAACAUUUCUGCACUACUUCUGUUCAGAAAAACGGGCGUGAUUGCUGAAGCAGCUAAGCCACUAGUCCUCAGGGUGAGCAAUACCAGUUAUGAAUGGGUCGAGGUACUUAAGAUGCAGGCUCCAGAAGUGGAACAAAAGCCGCCAGGUCAUAAUCUCUGGCUCCUCGCUGAAGAUUGUGGUAUCAGUGGCGUGGUUGGCUUGACAAACUGCCUUCGCCUGGAGACUGGCGGAAGCCGCAUUAGAUGCUUGUUCAACGCCAGCUUGAAUACGUCCAACGAAACUGACUUUAGCCCAAGGAACCCAGCCUACAAUGACAUACUGACGAAAGACCUUGUCAUGAACAUCUACCGUGACGGGCAGUGGGGAUCCUUCAGACAGAUGAGCCCACUGAAAAGAGGUGCUCCUAAAAUUCCCGCAGAGUUCGCCUGUCUCAACAUGGAAAUGCUCGGGGACUUGUCUAGCCUACAGUGGUACGUGUCACCGCUGCGCUAUGCUCACCCCUCCAAUUCAACCACAAAAGCCCUCUGCACAGUUUACUAUGCUUCGCUCAACUUCCGAGACGUCAUGCUAGCCGCUGGGAUACUUGCGUCUGAAGCUCUUCCCGGUGAUCUCGCCACUUCUGACUUCCUCCUUGGCAUGGAUUUCUCUGGCACUGACCACCAUGGGCGCAGAGUUAUGGGCCUUGUGCCAUGUGAGGCCUUGGCGACUGCCGUGGCUGUGGACCCGAGUGUCCUGUGGGAAGUACCCGAAGAGUGGAGCCUUCAGCAAGCUGCCACCAUUCCCAUAGCGUAUGCCACAGCCUACUACGCGCUCCUCGUGCACGGCCACAUGAGGCCUGGAGAAUCUGUGCUCAUCCAUUCGGGAAGUGGAGGCGUCGGACAGGCAGCCAUUUCCAUCGCGCUGUCCAUGGGAUGCACCGUAUUCACCACCGUCGGUUCUCGUGAGAAGCGAGAUUAUCUCAUUCGCCGCUACCCGCAGCUGGAAGCAAGAAACAUCGCCAAUUCACGGGAUCUCUCCUUCGAAAAACUUGUGCUCCGAGCAACGAAAGGAAAAGGCGUGGACCUCGUGCUGAACUCGCUGGCAGAAGACAAGCUCCAGGCCAGCGUGCGCUGCCUCGCGAUACAUGGCCGCUUCCUGGAGAUAGGAAAAGUUGACAUGUCGAACGACUCUCCAUUAAAGAUGUCUCUGUUCCUGAAAGGCAUUACUUUCCACGGCGUCUUGGUAGAGCUGCUACAUGGCGAUGAUGUCAUUGCAGUCAAAGAAAGACAUCGCGUCGCAGAACUCAUCCGCGGCGGCAUCGCAUCGGGUGCCGUGAGACCACUUGAUAGCAUCGUGUUCCCACGUGACCAAGUAGAGGAUGCCUUCCGAUUUAUGGCCUCAGGAAAGCACAUCGGCAAAAUUGUGCUCGAGAUCCAGCCGGAGAAAACGCCAGGGAAAAAUGGAUUGUCCAGACCACUCAGCAUCGAGGCCACGGCACAUACCUGGUUCUACUGGGCACAAGUCUACGUCAUAACUGGUGGCCUGGGUGGUUUCGGCCUCGAGCUGGCCGAGUGGAUGGUGAACCGCGGAUGUAGGAAGCUUCUUCUCACCAGCCGUUCAGGAGUGCGUACAGGGUACCAGCGGCUUUGUCUGCAUCGGUGGCAAAAGGCUGGAGCCAACGUCAUUACAAGGCAGAUCGACGCCUCUGUGGAGGAUGGCGCUCGAAGGAUUAUCGAAGAAGCCACGUCCAUGGGACCCGUAGGAGGCAUAUUCAUCCUAGCUGUGCUGCUCCGCGACGGCUUUCUUGAAAACCAGACAGCCGAGGCCUUCGAGACAGUCUUCAAAAUCAAGAUUGAUGGCACCAGAUAUCUGGAUCAACUCUCCCGCGGGAUGUGCCCAGAACUCGACCAUUUCGUCGCUUUCUCAUCGCUGUCUGCUGGUUACGGAAACGUAGGGCAGACUAACUACGGCUACGCUAACUCAGCAAUGGAGCGGAUCUGCGAGCUUCGAGCGGCACGUGGGCUACCAGGGCUCGCAAUCCAGUGGGGCGCCAUCGCUGAUGUCGGCGCGUUCCACGAGAUAAUGGGUGACGACGCCACUAUCGCCGGCACAACGCCCCAGCGAAUCAGCUCGUGCAUUACAUUGAUGGACCAGUUUUUGCACCAGAGUCAUCCUGUCGUUUCGAGCUGCGUUAAGGCUGAUCUAUCCACCGAGGGCGACAACAACAAGUGCGACCUCGUCGAGGUGAUCGCACGAAUCCUCGGUUUCAAGGAUAAGGCAAGCCUGAACCACGCCAUUUGCUUCAGCGAGCUAGGCAUGGACUCCCUCAUGGCCGUCGAAGUGAGGCAGGCAAUCGAGCGACACAUCUGCCUUACACUAUCCACGCAGGAGAUCCGGCAGCUGACCAUCAAUGAGCUGCAGAAAUUGAGAGAAAGCAGCCAAAGCCAGCUAGACAGCAUAAAUACAGCCUAUGGACAACUUACUAAGAAUGUAUGAAGUGUACCCUUGAAACAUCACAUGCAAAUAUUGUCAUACUAGAUAAUUACACAUUGAGCACAUAUUGCUCUUGCAAGGAAGCG